AUGCCCCUUGACCCGAUAUUCGUUAAUUCCUCUCCUUUCCUACCGAUCCUUUUCCUCGGUCUCGGAGCGGUCGCUAAUGCACAUGUCGCUGCGUGGGCCAAAGGCAUGUACUGCCUAGAUGGCACGUCCGGCAGUGAGGACCAAAACACCAAUACUGCCGUUGCCCCGCUGUAUCAGCUGGAGAAAUCAGACUGGUGGUUCCAACACGAACGUGGAUGCGACGCGGCUCUUCCAGCAGAUGGUGACAUGCUGGCGCUCCCAGCGAACGGAAGCUUCACGGUCGAGCUGGCUCAUAGUCGAGCACUGACGACCCUCGCCUACGAUGGUCAAUUUGCAACCGACUGGCCAGAUGGUCACGAUCAUCCAGAAAAAUGGAAAGGUGCCGGUGAUCCUGCUGAGUGUAUCCAGGAUGACGGCGCUAUGCAUACAAACAACCACACUAUGGCGGCUGGGACGGCAUUCGCGAUCAGCUACGAGUCGGACAUUUCCAAGGUCACGAUGGAGAAUCUCGCUGUUUUUUCCGUCCUUGAGCACUCUCCCUGGAAGCGCCUGGCGACAUACGAGGUUCCUGACCUCCCUGCAUGCCCGCCCGAUGGAUGCACUUGUGCGUGGCUUUGGGUACCCAUCGGCUGCGGACAACCAAACAUGUACAUGCAAGGAUUUAAAUGCAACGUCACCGGAUCAAAAUCUUCCAAGAAAGUCGGGUCCGCACAGCCGCCCAUAUAUUGCGCAGACGAUGCAUCCAAGUGUGCGAAGGGCGCAAAGCAAAUGAUUGCAUGGAACCAAAAAUCGGGUGACAAUGUUCAAGCCCCGGAUGGAUCUACUCCAACUUACAGUGAGAGCUGGGGUUGGCAGGCUGGCCCUCAGCACGACAUUCUUUCUUAUAACUAG